GAAAUUACAGGUUAAAAGUUUAGAAAAUUCGAAAUAAAGCAUGGCGUUUAGUUGUAAGAAAAUGAUUCUCAAUCCUGCACUCAGAAAUACUGUGAAGCAGCUGUUUUUUGUCGAACAUCUUGUUAAACACCAAUUGCAUGCUCAAUUACGAGCAGGAUCGUAUUUAGCGAAUGUGAUAACUCAAAGAGUUUACAGUACGAAACAAGUCUUCAAUAGAAACAAGCCGCAUUGUAACGUUGGUACGAUCGGUCAUGUGGAUCAUGGAAAAACAACUCUUACCGCAGCUAUCACCAAAGUUCUUUCUGAAAAGGAGUUGGCAAAAGCGAAGGCAUAUAGCGAUAUCGAUAAUGCCCCAGAAGAAAAAGCACGUGGUAUUACCAUUAAUGUGGCUCACAUCGAAUACCAGACAGAUAACCGCCAUUACGGACACACCGAUUGUCCAGGACAUGCUGAUUACAUAAAGAACAUGAUCACUGGUACUGCACAAAUGGAUGGUGCUAUCCUAGUUGUUGCUGCUACCGAUGGUACUAUGCCACAAACUAGAGAGCAUCUGAUUCUUGCCAAACAGAUUGGUAUCAAUUAUAUUGUUGUUUUCGUCAAUAAAGUUGAUGCAGCGGACGAAGAAAUGGUCGAUUUGGUAGAAAUGGAGGUAAGAGAUUUGCUAACUGAAAUGGGUUAUGAUGGAGCAAAAGUACCCAUCAUUAAGGGGAGUGCCCUUUCUGCGCUAAAUGGUACUAAUCCAACGAUAGGACGCGAUGCAAUAAUGAAGUUACUAGAUGCCGUGGAUUCUCAUAUUCCGACACCAAUCAGAGAGUUAGACAAACCAUUCUUAUUACCGAUAGAAAAUGUUUAUUCGGUUUCGGGUAGAGGAACGGUGGUUACCGGUAGAUUGGAACGCGGGAAAAUAAAGAGAGGCACAGAAUGUGAACUGAUCGGUUUCAAUAAACUGAUCAAGAGCACGAUAACGGGAAUAGAAAUGUUUCACCAAACGCUCGAAGAAGCAGAAGCAGGAGAUCAAAUGGGUGCUUUGCUUAGGGGUUUGAAGAGAGAAGACAUCAAACGAGGCAUGAUAUUAUGCAAACCAGGUUCGAUAAAAGCUCACGAUCAUUUAGAGUGUCAGGUAUAUAUGUUGACAAACGCGGAAGGAGGCAGAAAGAAACCUAUCAGUAAUUUAAUGCACGCUCACAUGUUCUGCAAAACGUGGGACGUAACGAGUCAACUUAAUUUCCUAAAUAAAAAUAUAGUUAUGCCUGGUGAAGAUUUCAGCGUUGUACUCAAACUAAUAAGACCGAUGGUGUGUGAAAAGGGACACCGAUUUACAUUAAGAGAUGGAGCAAAAACUGUAGCAACUGGAGUGAUUGUCGAUUUAUUGCCAGAUCUUCAUGAAACCGAACGAAUAGCAAUUCUGGAAGGUAGAAAAAAAGUGAAACAACAAACAGCUGAAGCUGAUAAUUGAAUUAUUUCAUGCAUUUAUCGCGUUUGAUUGAACGAAUUAGAUCUAACGUGUAUUAGUACCC